CUCGAUGGGCGCGGUGACAACCUAAGCCAGCGACCUCGCGAUCACUGAAGGCACAUACAGACUUCCGUAACGUCAGAGAGAAUCCAGGAAUGGCCAACAGGACAUGCGUCAACAUGGUGAUUCACAUGCUGCUAAUCAUGCAAGCGUGGUUGCUCUGCGAGUGUUCCGUACAGUUCACCAACACCUCCACAAACCUGAGGAGGGUUCUCCUGACUGACUACGACGCCCAAGUGCGUCCGGCGCUGAAGACCCAAGUCUCGUUACAGAUGGUGCUGGUCUCGCUUAACAGUAUCGACACGGCGACUCAAUCCAUGUCUGUCAACUGCCUGUGGUUUACGACCUGGAGGGAUGAAAGGUUAACCUGGAACUCCAAUCAAUACAAUGGGACAGACUUUUUGGCUUUGCAAAAGACGGAGGUGUGGACGCCACCCCUAGUCGUGUCCAAUGAAAUGAACAAAGUUGGACCCAUUGGGCAAGAGGGAGUCCCCCUCCGAGUCUUCCAUGAUGGGAAAAUGCUGUGGAUUCCUCCAACGAGACUAGAAACAUCUUGUACCAUCGACAUAUCUAACUAUCCAUUUGACGUGCAGGCUUGCAUCAUCAACAUUACCGGUUGGACCUACGCAACUGAUGAGCUGGACCUCCACACAGAUCCAGACAAACCAAUAACGUUAGAAUUGUACUCUGCCCAUGGAGAAUGGGAGCUGACACACACAUCUGCUUCACUCAGUGACUUUAAUGGGGGCUUCAACAAACAAUACAGGGACAUCCAGUACUCGCUGACCUUCAGACGACGCUGGCAAUACUAUGGAUUGACGCUGCUGCUGCCCCUUAUUCUGAGUUCAUGUCUUAUGACAGGCGUGUUUGCAGUGCCUGUUGAAUCUGGGGAAAAGAUCGGCUACUCUUUGACUGUUCUGUUGUCCUUCACAGUGCUGCUGACGCUCAUCUCUGACAGUCUUCCAGCCAUAUCAACAAGAACCUCAGCUCUGCAGAUCUACCUAACGCUGGUGAUGAAUCUGGGCACACUGAUCACGUUCCUCACUACCCUGGUCCUGUGGCUGUAUUACCAGGAUGACAAGAAGCCGCUGGCUCACGGCACGCUGCUCCUCUACAGAGUCAUGGCUGGAUGCGCCAGCGUUAAACCCAAGUCCAGAACGGUGAGGCCACAGGGGAUGGUAUUAGAAGACAGCGAUAUUUCAAGGACAACAAGCUCCAUGAAUACACCCAGGACCAAAACAUGUUCCACUAACGUCUCCUCUGCCUGGAGUGACAAGGGAGGUAAACAUGAAGUAGCCGAAGAUGUCACCUGGCAAGAUUUUGCGAAAUGCCUGGAUGCAUUUUUUCUUCGAGUAUUUACGUUUAUUUUUAUUGCUGUUACUGUUGUAUUUCUGGGGGUUAUGUAUGGAACUUAUUAUGCUUCCACGUAGUUCCGUCCAGUUUGGAAUAAUGAUGCAUGUUUAGUAAGUGUUUUAUUAACAGAAAUAACGAAAUGUUAUAAAAGUCUUCAAAAAGUAAAUAUGUUUUUGUAUAUCAAUGGAGCCGAGAAUGUUUUAUGAUAUAAAAUGCCCCGUAUACCUCGAACAUUAAAAGUGAUUGUUACGCAAUAUAGUGAAAAUGAUAGUAAGAUGUCACUCACUAAUGUUGCUGAUAUAAAUGAAUUUCUUGAAAGAAGCUGUCUAUAUCAUUAUACUACAUGCUCUGUAGUAUAUUUACAGGUAUUCUUUCUGUGUAAACAAUGACAUUCAUCACCAUAAGUGUCAUCAGGCUCGCCUAAAUAAAAAAAAAUUCAAAGCAAUUCCGUGGCAUUUGAUUGGCUAAUCAAGCAAUAUUUUUUGCGAGUUUGUUUCUAAAAGCCGAAAAGAAAAAAGGCCACGUCCCAAAAACAGACUACUAUUUCCUGACUGGAUCAUAUAGAAUGGGCGGGGAUUGUGUUGCAUUAUUGCAAUGUCACUCUACUAUUGUCAACAGGUUUUUGUUUUAACGAUUAAAUA